ACGGUCGUGUGCCGUGGAAUGGGCGCGCGUUAAACAACCUUCAGGUGGUCUACAUUAUUCCGGAGUCCGGUGCAAUGUCUCAGUCAUAAUGCUUCAUAAUGACAUCCUCGUUAUGGCACGUAAAAUGCCAGAAUCCGAUUUCUUAUUUAAUAAUUUUUCUUCAGAAACCUAAAGGCAGCAGGUCGAAUAUUUUGAUUCGAUAAAAUAUUCGCGCUGUACUUUUCAUCGUGUACGGCAUAAGAGGAAGAAGUAGUGCACGCGUCAUUUUCCGUAAACAAAAGCUGAAGAGCGCGUGCGCAAACCGCGCGUGAGCUUGCGUUCGACUCGGAGCGGGCAAGAAGCCCGGCCUGUCCCGUCUCUGACCGUCUAAGUCCUCCCCUUGUAACCGUGCUAAGACGAAUAAGCAGAAUUUGUUGCGGCUUCCGGGUGACGGCCGUUUGCCAGAGCCGCAAAGAACAGCAGCGGCUGUGGUCGCAACCAACCGGAUCGAGUGGGUACGAGCCCGCAUCCACGACAGUGACGACACGAGUGUCAUGAAGCGCACCGACGUCAGCGACGAUGACUUCAGCAUUGUCUAUGUGGUGUCGCGUGGCGCAGCGUGUUCCUUCGACUUGACGCCACCUCCCAUCCUUGUCACUGCGCUACCGCGUCCAUUCGGCCCCGACCGCUGUUUUGUCGUUGGUGAGCAUGUCUACUGGACCAAGAACCACGACAACGCCAAGUUUCAAGCUGCAAUUUGCGACUACGACAUCGAUGUUCUCCAGAAGACCAAACACGCUCCAUUCCUGCGGUACCCGGAGCCAACCGGUAACAACAACGAGGACGUCCUAGAGAAAAAGAGUAGCGGCACAGCUGAGCCGAAUAUUGUUGUCUACACGAACUUCGACGCCGCAGGGCUGCGUUCGACUAACAGCAAGAGCUGCAACAAUGCACAGCUGGUCCCGGCAACCGUCGGGCAGAAGCCGUGGGAAGGACUCGAGGAUGGUCACUACGGUCCCGUGGUCAGGACUUACGGGACAGUGUCAGUCAACAGGGGAGGUCUCACAGGCGUUGACGUCUCAGCAGACCACGCGGUGCGUGUCGUGGUCGCCGAGCGCUGGUGGUUGCUCCGAGGACCCCGGCUGGAUGCGACUGCUUCGACACUACCCCGUGCAGUCGUGUGCUGCAUAAAUGUAGCAACGUUUGCGUAGCUACAGGAAGCCACUUAGCCACGAUGUCUAGGCACAGAGUCAUGCGUGGGCUGCCGAACCACGGACUCGUUUACCUCGUAGACGCCACGGGAACAAAGUCAAACAAACUAGUUUUGCGUCAAGUUUGUUCAAUUGUAUUACGUUUGCAAAAUAUGUAUUAAAAUCACGUAAAACAAUUGUUACGCUCGAAAUCUUUGUACGUUGUUUUUGAUGUUUUAAUUCUUUUAUUAAGGGGAAAGCCUUAAGUGGCUCGUUGCAAUGGCUCAUACCCGAAAAAAGCGGCGUCUGGACCAGUGAUACAAAAUAAGUUGAGUGGUACAAAAAUAUCACCAGCAAUUGCCCAUACCCGAAAGAAAUAACAAUCCGUAAUGGCGCAUGCCGCCGCAAGCAAGCAAAGAUGCCCUGGCUAAAUUUGAGUGAAGGCACGAAAAAAAAAAAAUAAGAACGAAGGAAAGACAAAGAAAAGAUCAACAUCACGAAUGUCUCAUACAUCCCGUAAGCAAGCAAAAAUGCAAUGGCUGAAUAUGAAAGAAAAAAGGAAAGAAAGCAAGAACAAAAAAAAGAGAACAAAGAAAUAAAGAACGAAAGAAAGGAAAAAGAAAGACGGAAAGAGAGAAUGAAAGAAAGAACAACGGAAGCUUUAGGUAGUGCAUUAGGUGCUCGCAUAUGUUGUUGAGAAGGUCGAUCUACAGCGCCACACGUUUGCUUCACACUACGGCUCGUUAUGUCUUUCAAGAAGUUUGACGCGGUGUCCUUGGGCAAUUUCUUUAAGAUUUGUGCUCAUUUGCACAAAUGUUAUACACCAUUUCGCUGUUUAAAGCAUAGGCCCUGGACGGCUUCCGGUUUUGCUCACUGACAUAGACCGUCAAAUUUAGCGGCAACAAAAAAAAAAAAAGGCGAUGGUAAGUUUCCUCAAGCAAGAAUUCCUCAAAUUUUCGGUACUUUCCCUGUGACCUGGAUGAGCAGGUCUCGGUCGCGUAGAGGAAGCCGCGAGCGAACAGGGACUCCGGGCCGACUAACCGCCCUCGUCUCCAGCAACUGGUUUCAAAUAAAGGCUUUGUCAAUCUACCCUGCACCUAAUUACAGUUUUACAAGUCAAGUUUACCCCAAAUAAUGCGAAUAAUUAUAAUUGUCUCACGCCUUUAUUUUAUCUGUAAACGUAAAAUCAUUCCCGCACAACCCACAUUACGAUGACUAUCGACUGUAAUGCGCUUAGAAUGGAAGCAAUAUCGCAACGCAACGUAGUAACACCAUCGAAACGCUUUAUGUAUUAAGCGUGCUGCAGUGGGGCUUAGAACACUCCGCCAUCCAGUGGCGCCGCCUAGAAGCCCUCGCGUGGCCUCCGAAAUGCGUGGUGCGCCCAUGCAUGCGCUGAGAAAGGCAUCAUUCGGCAACCGGGCUCCUCUCUCGUACCUAUUCCUAAACACGUUGCGCCAUCUAGUAG